UCUAUAUAUGCAUAGAAAUUCAUUCACGUAUUUGGUUGUGUCGUCGUCUCCAUUUCUUCGGUGUGGGAGCAGCCACAGAGCGCUCUCUGUGUGGCUUCAAACCCAAUCUGCGGAGAGACGGGCCGCCAUAACCGCUAAUCUGUUAUACUGCAACUCUACUCUAUAAAUCUCUCCCAAUUCCGGCAGAAAAACGAAAAAAUAAUUAAUAAAAGAUUGGAUUUUGGAAGGAAUAACGGAGCGGAGGAAAGGGGGAGAGAAAGCGCGAGUGUCUGUCGUCUCCCGGCGGCGCCUGCUUCUCCUCUCGGAUCUUCAAUCGACUCCGGUUGUUUUUUUAGAUUUUGAUUUUGGUUUUUCGAACUUCAAGCUGGAUGAUUAGUUGGAGUUUGUUCAAUUUAGGUGUGACCUAAUGGAGAUGGAUCCUGGGAAGCUGUUCGUUGGGGGAAUUUCAUGGGAGACGAAUGAAGAUCAUCUUCGAGAGUAUUUUGGAGCUUUUGGCGAAGUUGUGGAAGCUGUUGUGCUGAGGGAUCGCUCCACUGGACGCUCCCGGGGGUUCGGUUUUGUUGUUUUCGCCGAUGCUUCUGCAGCUGAAAGAGUUGUCAAGCUUAGGCACAUCAUCAAUGGCAGAACUGUCGAGGCAAAGAAGGCCGUUCCGAGGGACAACAACCAAAGCUCUACCAGAACAACGGGAAGCACCCAAGCAUCGUCGUCACCCAGCCCUGUCCGAACAAAAAAGAUUUUUGUCGGAGGAUUGGCUAGCACCGUCACCGAGAGUGACUUCAAGGCGUACUUUGAACAGUUCGGGACAAUAACCGAUGUAGUCGUGAUGUACGAUCAUAACACGCUGAGGCCUCGAGGCUUUGGAUUCAUAACAUAUGACUCCGAGGAGGCAGUCGACAAAGUUCUUGUCCGACCCUUUCAUGAACUUAAUGGGAAAUUGGUCGAGGUCAAGCGAGCCGUUCCGAAAGAGCUUUCUCCGGGGCCUACGCGAAGCCCGUCCACCGGUAGUCUCAACAAUGGCCUGAAUAGAGAUAUCAGUCUCUUGAAUGCUUACGCUCGACAAGGAUAUGGAACAAGAACGGAUGCUCGGUUUAGCCCCGGAAUAAACAUAAAUCGAAGUGGAUAUUCUUAUCCUUCGUACAACCUCAGAAAUCAGAGCUCGGGGCUUAACAUGGACUCGGGAUUCGAUCUGAACUACGCCCUCGCCGGAGAUUCUGGUUUAGGAUACCGACGAGGGAUGAACUCUUACUUAAGCAGGAAUUCUGAUAAAUACGAUUCCUUCUUGAAUGCUGCGGAUCGAAAUAUUUGGGGGAACGGUGAUCAUAGUUAUGGAGCGACGGGAAACGAUCUUUUUACCUCUCGAAUUGGAAACGCCGGUGUUCUUGGACGAAUCGGGGAUGGUAUAUGGAACAGAUCAUCGUCUUCUUCCAUGAGUAAGUUCGGCAAUAAUAUUUAUGGCUACGGCUACGGCGACAACAGCAUUCUCGACAUGGAGAAUUAUUACACCCGAAAAAACUUCGGAGGCCCUGUUGGUACAACGUUGUCAUCAUCGAGCAACAGCUUUCGCGGAAACAAUUCUUCGUUCUAUUCAGGCGAUGCGUGGAGCCUUUUGUCUCCGGAGGUGGUCGAGCCUUUCGCAAGAUUUGGUGCGAACGGUGGUGCAACAAUGAACGGUGGUGCGACAAUGAACGAGCCGGUUGGAUACGGCAGGAAUUAUGGCAUUGCGGCUGCAUCGAACAAAGGUAACUCUAACUCUAACUCUAACUCGACUGUGUUCGUUUGAUGUCGAUCGGGUAGUUGUUUGGUUGUUUAUGCCUAGAAAAGAACACGGUGUUUGCCCGUAAAAUUUGCAUGAUAUAGACGACGAGGAAGGAGUGAUGAUGAUGGGGGAUUUGUGUUGUGAAACAGGAAUUGCAGCGUAGGAAGAAAAAACACACCAAAUAGUAAACUACACAAGCCACAGUAAGGUUUUAUUUUUCUUCUUGUUCUUCUUUUUUGGAUGAGUAGAGAGAGAAAGAGAUAUGUUUGUUUUUUUGGUGGUUGUUUUUAGGGAUAUAUAUAAAUAGAGAGAGAGAGGGUUUUGCGGUUCUUUGUAUGUUUAUUUGGAUUGGAUGGAUGGAAUUAUAUGAAUUAUGAAAUGGGAUUUAAGAUGAUGAAUUGAUUUGUU